GCCCCCAACACACCUAGAGCCUCCCCCAAGCACAAGCGGUCUGGAAGAAGCGCGCGCGUUUUUACGCAACCGGACGCGCGACGCGCGGGAACAGGCGUUGUGGGCGGGGCCUGGCCAAUCCCCGCCCCUGGACCGUCACAUCGCCGCCCCCGACUGCGCGAGCUGGGGCGGUUUCCGGUUCAGUUCCACAGUUUCGUCCUCCGCUGUCCGACGCGUCCCCCAGCUCCCGUCGGAGCCUCGCCCCUGCCGCCGCCAUGUCAACAAGUGGCCCUGGAAGCUCAAGUAAUGCCUCUGGCAGUAAUCGUCGCCUUCAGCAGACACAACACCAAGUAGAUGAGGUGGUUGAUAUCAUGAGAGUGAAUGUGGACAAGGUGUUGGAACGAGAUCAGAAGCUGUCAGAGUUGGAUGACCGUGCUGACGCACUGCAGGCGGGAGCUUCCCAAUUUGAGACCAGUGCUGCCAAGCUGAAAAGAAAGUAUUGGUGGAAGAACUGUAAGAUGUGGGCAAUAUUGAUAGCAGUUGUUCUCAUCAUCAUCAUCAUCAUCAUCGUCUGGAGUGUGUCCUCAUGAGUUGCAAGAAGAAAUGCAAACCAGCAGAAGCCAUCUCUCUCCUUCAAACCUGCUGUAUUUUCAAGCUCUCACCUACUGAUGUAUAAAGCAAAAUUAUUUUGAUUAGUCAUGUUAACUUUCUCUGGUUUAUAGGAAAUGUGCCUUUAUUUAAAAGUUACACUUUUAAUUUUAAAAUGCUAAUAAGCACAGCCCACAACUUGCACAGUGCCUUGGUAAUCUUGAGUAUGAGCUGGUGAAGAGGAUUUCAUGUUUGCAUUUCAGAAUCUAGAAGCAGUGUAUUGUUGCCACUGACUACUGCGUUCUAGAUAAAUUGCAAGAGUAUGUUUGCGUAUCUGUUCUCUUCGCUGUCUCCUCCAGGUCCCAAUUUAAAGGUCUCUUCUGACACACUACUAAAGGGGUGGGAACCAAAUCUUAAAUUUGUGCCUUCUUGGAAGAAACUCUUAACACGUCUGCCAUUUUAACAGACUUUGCCUGCCUUGCCAUACUCCAUUAAUGCCUUCUGACUAGUUGUGGAAGAGCCUGCCACCCUUGUAAACACUACUUGUCGUUCACUGCUGUUUUAUGAAUAUGCAGUUAAAUUCUGUUGUUGAAGUUCUAAAGAUUUGAGCACUGAACCGUUAGUGCUGCCUUGUGGUAAUUGUUAUUAAACACUUCCCUAUAUAAGGUGUUUACAUUCUCUUCAAAAGACAGUCUGUCACUUUCUGGUGUCAGUUUAAUCUGAAAGAGUACCUUUAAAAAUGUUUAGUGUUUGUAAUGUAGACACUUACCAAAGUUGGUUUUGUUUGGGGUUUUUGUCUUUUGCCAAAAAGUAGCUCAGUGAAGACUUUUCUCUGCAAGCCAGCAAGAUGUUUCCAGUGUAGAAUCAGUGCCAAAUGUUGUUUAAAAUUUUAUAUAUAUAUAUAUUUAUAUGUAAUCUGUUUGCAUUACUUCACAAAUUGUCUUCCUUCUCAACUUGUCCUCAGAGUGAGUGAGGCCCCUAGGACUUCAGGAAAGGCUAGUAACAAAUGCUGUUGCCUCUUCCCUCUUAUCUCUAAACUUUUUAGGUAUGGGUGAUUACUCUCCAUGAGGAGGGAAAGAAAUAACUUGGUGCUUCACCCAGUCGCCACGUUGUGUACCCUCUAAAAUGUAUGUUUCUAACUUCUUCCCAGUCCUUGUUUCUACUUCCUCCGUAUAGUUUUUCCUUUCUCUUGUCUCUUUUUUUCCUCCCUUACUUUUUGGGGUAGAUUUGCAAGUAGCUACGCUGAAAUUGAUUCACGAACCUAAUCGACGUAGCUUACUUCUUUGAGUGUUGGAUGUUGCUUUGACUGUUGAGUUAUCACACAAAAAAUGAGCCAGACUCUUGAUGGACAAAUAC